CCAUACGCGAUAGAUGAUACACGCUGCUGCUGAGACGUGUCAAAAUAAAUACGCGCUAUUAGAGGUUCUCGCGUGAGGAACUCGGAGAUUUUUUUCGAAUGUUGGCGCAACUGUUGCAGGGGAAAAUAAGUUACUUGUCAGUGCCGGUUUUGACCGUGGGUUUUCUUGCGAUUUAGACUUUCACCGUCGCACAAAGCGAAAAGAUUUUCUCGUUUGCCGUCGUUUGCUCACAGUUUCGCGGUGAGUUGGAAAAUAUGGCGCGCAUCAUAUCGUCUUGGAAAUUAACUAUCGAGUGCUUUUAGUGAUGUAAAUAAACUGAAGUGAUGGUCAAUUUUCAGUGAUUGUGAAUCAACGGAAGAAUGAUUUGUUAGUUUGUUCAGUUUACGAAAAAUACACCGGUGAGCCGGUUAUUGUGAUCACUAGAUUGGAUUAACACACUCUAUUGAAUUGUAUUUUCUGCUUCCCUUAAUAAAAUAGAGUGAAACUGUAAACAGUGCCAACUUCAACAGAUCGAAUGUAGUAUGUGUUAUUGAUAGUGUGGCUCGUGUAGUUCAAGAUUGCUGGUCUUAGAGUUUGCUCUCGCACAAGUUGCAGUGAAGGCGCCACCAUUGGUUCAAAAUUGCACCUAAUACAAACAAUCUGGCGGUGGUUAGACAACCAUCAAUGGCCGUUGGGCCACCGACGGGAGGAUCAGGAAAUCCUCCGCAAGCACCAGUUCAACCACAUCCGAUUCUAGCACCGAGCCCACUGUUUGCCUUACCGACACUGAACUUUACUGCGUCGCAGGUAGCGACUGUUUGCGAAACACUGGAGGAGUCCGGGGACAUCGAGCGGCUGGCGCGGUUCCUAUGGAGCCUCCCGGUAGCUCAUCCGAAUGUCUCAGAAUUGGACCGUUCCGAGGCAGUAUUACGAGCGAGGGCUAUAGUAGCCUACCAUACGGGACACUUUAGGGAACUAUACACGAUAUUGGAAAGGCACAAGUUCACCAAGUCGUCACAUGGAAAACUUCAAGCGAUGUGGUUGGAAGCGCACUACCACGAAGCAGAAAAACUGCGAGGACGACCGUUAGGUCCCGUCGAUAAAUAUCGCGUCCGGAAGAAAUUUCCGCUGCCACGGACAAUCUGGGAUGGCGAGCAGAAGACUCACUGCUUCAAAGAGCGAACGCGGAGCUUGCUUAGAGAGUGGUACCUGCAGGACCCAUAUCCGAAUCCAACAAAGAAGCGGGAGCUGGCGCAGGCCACCGGUCUCACGCCGACACAGGUGGGAAAUUGGUUUAAAAAUAGACGCCAACGAGAUCGGGCUGCUGCGGCCAAAAAUAGACAUAACCAACCGCCUCUUUCUGGUUCGGGGGCAACCUCAUUAACACCUCGACGGGGUGAAGCGCCUAUGUCGCCAACGGAUACGGACUCCGAUUCUGAUAUCUCUCUUGGCACUCAUUCACCUAUUCCAAGCAUGUCCCUCCAGCACAGUCCCAACUCAUUGCCCGGUUCCAGCGAAGACCGACUCAACGACGAACGGGAUCGAGAAAAGGAAUUUCGUAGCUUUGCGUCGCUUCACACGUUUCGCUUCGGAGACCAUCUGGCGGGAGGAUUUUUACCUGGCUCGUUCAACAACAGAUUUAUGCCUUAUCGUCUCGGUGACAACUCGCCCCCGAUCAAUACUCAUUCACCUCCCAUAGGACUGACACAUCUUCCAAUCACGCCGACCGUGCUGCGGCCACAACCUCAUUUACCAUCGUCACUUUCUGUCACAGCUCCGACGGCCACCACCACGUCGAUGAGUGAAUCUCCCAACAGCAACAGCAGUGCCACCACCAGUUCCAUCAACAAUAGUGGGCUGGGGGUCAGCAGUAACACACCUCUGAUGGCACCAAUGUCACCGCUCAGAAUACGGGUCAGUUCACCGACGCGGCUCAACUCGGAUCUACUACAGCACAGUUCGCACCAUCAGAGCCUCAUGAAUGGGUUGAAUGCGAGCGGAAUUGUACGGAUUGUUCCUAACACAACGACCAGUCUCCUUCACCGGCCAUUUUCGCCGUCACCGAAACCGAAAGAGACGUCGUGAUAAAUUUUAUUGUUGCACCAUCUGCCAUCCGAAAGUUGUUCCGAGUGCGUAAUUCUUACUAGUUGAUUAAUGUAGAAAAGGAACGAGUGCUAAAGCAAAAGCUGGAACUAAAGCAAAUAAAUCUCCUAAAAGUUGUUACUAAAGCCAUAAAGAUAAAGCAAAUUGUAUGCUUUUAAGUAAGACAUAUUUCUAUACGAAAGCACUGGUUUGGUAAAUUAGAUUUACUUGGAAACUUUUGGCAAAAUCGCGUCAUAUUUAUUUCACUUCUCGGUCGAUGCUACAUAAUGUAGCACAAAAGAAGAAAUAAUGCUCCCUUAUGUAAACCAGGAAACUCGAGCAGUUCUGGUUGUAUGUUGGGCGGACCAAAUACUAGUUUACCAAUACUAAGAAACUAGCCCGAGCGCACACAGUCGUGGUCGAAGAGCUGCAGCGCAGACGUACUAACACUUUGGAACACGAUUGCUGGCAACACUGCGUGCGACAUUCUCCCAUUGCAAUGUGACACCGAAUUUUCGCUGUAGAAGCUUGUGAGCAUUCCAUCAUUGAGUUUCUCCUAACUUGCACGAGCACAACCUGUUCAUAGUCAUUAAAGUUUAAAAAACAGGAAAAGUAUCCACGUCACAAAAAUCAAUAAUAUGAACGUUCAUAGGCACUAGUUUAAGUAUAGAAAAAAAUAUUUAAAUUAAAUUUAAAUCGAUCUAUUGUAUAUACUAUGGAGGAUUAAAGAAAAUAAUGUAAGCCCAAAUAUCACCUCACCGUGCUGACUUGCGAACCGCGUAUGCAAUUCGUGAUUUAAAAUUAAAAACAGAGCGAAUAACACAUUAAGGGGCAACUAAAACAGUGCAAAGGAUAUAUUCGCAAAACACGUAAAGUGCAUAUCUAUACGAAUAUAAUGCUAACAAAAGAAAAUAAUUGACCUAAAGUAGUGCUAAUUACUCAUCGACUUCGUGCCACCACUACCAAAACAAGACACAUUAGGCAUUUCUCUUUCCCACAUACAAUCCAUCGUUUGAGUUCAUCCUUCUUGAAAAAGAAAAACAAAUAACGACCCACAUUUUGUGCACAUUUCACAAUGUGCCGCGAAAGAAAAAGUUGAAAGUAAUGGAAAGGGAGAAAACAACUAAAUUUAUAUAUCGGAACGUUAAACAGAUGAGCGAAUCUAGCAAAUGCACAAUAACCAAACAUACUCCUGAUGAUUCACAAUCGUCAUGAACCUCAGGCACAACUAUGAAAAAAGAAUAAUAGAAGCAAGUCUGGUCAAGCGGGUAGGCAAACUUAUUAGCACACUAGUAAAACACAAAAUACUUUUACAAACUGCUGUCUAGAUGAAAACAACACUUCGCGACGUUAAACCAAGCAAAUGCUGCAUCAGUGGAAAUAAGUAGUUCACAAAUAUGAAAUAAAAACAUGAAAAGGAAUACGAACAAAUUUAUCCACAUAUAUUGUAAAUAAAUUGCUGCAAUCAAAUUAUAUUAAUUAUGAUGAUAAUAAAUUAAUUAAACUGAA